UUAUGGCUGCAUUUUCUUUUAUUUUCAUCAUUAGGCGAUUGCAUGAAAAUUUACGUAAGCCCUAUGAACCACAUUUCCAAUCAGCAAACGGGAACAUUCGCUAAUAAUCAGCUUUUUCCGCAUACAAAAUUGACCGCUAGAGGAAGUACCCAAGUGUAGCGGUACCAGAAGAAAGUGAAAGUACCGGAGAAAAUGUACCUGUCUAUGCACCUCUCUUUACUGAAAUGCAUCGACACCCCACCAGGUUUAAAAUAUCUGAAUUGAUACCGACCAAAAGUUGCACCAAACAAACAAACCAACUGGUGGCAGUACCGUUUUACUGUUAGAAAACAUUGAGAUUAGCGUCCACAAUAGCGCCAACUGGUCGUACCGGCGAAUCACAUUUUUAGUGGGAAGAAGUGAAUUUUAUUUAAUAGUUAUCAUAAAGUGAUUUUUCUUAUGGAGACUCAAGAACCGCUGAGGUGCAAUAUGCCUCUUCAGCAGCUCAAUAGAAUCGCUAAAAGACCUCCGGUAGACAUCGAGUUUCAGGACUUGACGUAUUCGGUUCGGGAUUCGUACGCAGGAACUGGAUGGCGUCAAUUGCUCAAAUCGAUCAACGGAAAAUUUCGCUCAGGAGAACUAACAGCAAUAAUGGGUCCUUCAGGUGCAGGCAAGAGUACCCUCCUCAACAUUUUGGCUGGAUACGUAACUGCUGGUGUAAAAGGAAGGAUAAUAGUCAACGAUCGACCGAGGGUAAUGAAAGAAUUCAAUAAAAUGUCAGCUUAUAUCAUGCAAGAGGACAUCGUCCAACCAAGACUCACUGUAAAAGAAGCGAUGAUGUUUGCAGCAAGUCUUAAGCUUGGAACUGAAAUUGGACAAUCGAAAAAAGCGGCAGUUAUUCAAGAAGUAAUUCAACUUCUAGGCCUCGAAUCGUGCUUUGAGACUAGAAGCGAGUUUUUAUCUGGUGGACAGAGGAAAAGGCUCUCAGUCGCUCUAGAGCUAGUCAAUAAUCCUCCAGUCAUUUUCCUAGAUGAGCCGACAACGGGUUUAGAUAAUGGCGCAAUCAAGCAAUGCAUAAAACUGCUUCAGAAGAUCAGCAGACUGAACCGAACGGUGAUUUGCACCAUCCAUCAACCACCAGCUUCAUUAUUUAAAAAUUUUGAUCAGGUAUACGUGGUAGCUAAAGGAUAUUGUGUUUACAAUGGUUCUCCGGCGAGUUUAGUUCCGUUUUUAUCAAAAGCGCACUUUCCGUGUCCUUCCACGUACACUCCGGCUGAUUAUAUUAUAGAAAUAGUGCAUUCCCACCCCGAAAUGAUCUACACAUUAAGCGCGUUGAUACAAAACGGAAAAACGAACAUGUUGACCCAGCGAUGCGACGAGCAGAGCUCAUCGACAAUGGGAAAGGAUAUUUUUGAAAUACGCAAAGACACUGACCAAACAGGCCAAACUGAACACGACAUAAUCUUUCCUCUAUCAGUUUGGAGCCAACUAGUUAUCCUACUUUCCAGAACUUACCUGCAAACGCGACGAAACCACAGCGUUCUUAUUAUUCAGUUUUUCCAUCAUCUGGCGUCUGGUAUUCUUGUCGGCAGCAUUUUCUUCGGAUUGGGAAGCGAUGGCAGCCAAACGUUGUCCAUUUUCAAGUACAUCAUCAGUGUGAAUGUGUUCUUUAUGUACACUUAUGUAAUGGUGCCGGUGCUUGUAUUUCCGCUUGAGCUUCAGUUGAUGAAACGGGAGUACUUCAACAAAUGGUACAGUCUUAAAGCUUACUACUUCUGCUUCACCUUGGCCUCUUUGCCCCUAAUGAUAUGUUACAGUUUAAUGUUCUUGAUUAUCGUGUAUGUGCUAUCAAAUCAACCUCUCGACCUAGAACGAUUCACCUGGUUCUCCAUCAUAGGCGUAUCGCUUGGACUGACUUCGCAGGGUCUUGGGUAUCUUAUUGGUUCAGUAUUCAGUAUAACCUUUCAGAGCGGUUCAGUGGUGGGUUCUUCAGUUCUAGCGCCUCUCCUGGCCUUGGCUUGCUACGGAAUGGGUUAUAGAGCAUCAGUAGAACCUUUCAUGAAAGUGAUAAUCAGCUUCAGCUAUUUACGAUUCGGGGUAGUCGGAUUAAGUGUCGCGUUAUUUGGCAAAAGAGAACCUUUAGAGUGUGGCGAGCUGUAUUGCCAUUAUAGGAACCCAGAGAUGCUGCUAAGAGAUAUGGGCAUGCAAGACGAAGACUACAAAGUCCAAUUCUACAUAAUUUUAGGAUAUUUGUUGUUGUUCCGGAUACUCGCUUAUUGUACACUGAAAUACCGUUUAACUUCCGAGUUGUCGAAUAAAAUCGUUUACUUUGCAGCUAAAGUAGUUCGGCAAAAAGAAUAAAAAGCGUCUCCGAAAGUGUUUCAAAUUAUUGUGAUAAUCAUUAAUCUAGUAAAUUUAGUUAAGUAAAAUUAUACUACAACUGGAGUAGGCAUACUGUAUAAUAUUGCUCUCUGAUAAAUAAAGUAUCGUAGCUGUUUAGUUAUGGUAGCUGUUUAGUAUGGUUAUAUGGGCCAGUGAUAUUGACUAGUUACGUUUAAUUCAGUAGAAAAACUGGGAUUAGUUAUGUUCAUACCUGUUCUUUUGCGAUUUAUUAUAAGAAUUCUCUAACUA